CGCUUCCCGCGCUCUCCGACAACAUGAACUGCCUGAACGUGGCCGAUAUCAUGCCGGGGUCACCCAGCAAGAUCAAGGGGCAGAUCCAGGUGAUAUUCGGUCCGAUGUUUUCCGGGAAGAGCACGGAGCUGAUGCGCAGAGUGCGUCGCUUCCAGGUAGCGCAGUACAAAUGCAUCGUCAUCAAGUAUGCCAAUGACACCCGCUACAGCAAGGAGCAGCUCGCCACCCAUGACCGGUACGUGGAGGUGAUCGGCGGCGCAGACAAGUACCACUCGGUCUGCAGACUUUGCUACUUCAAGAGCCGGCAGCCGACGGAAGGGAAGGAAAAUCUUCUUCAGGCUUUAAGGGACAAAACGACCGCAAUGAAAACCAAACCCGCGCCGGCCGCGUCGCCUCGGAAACCUCUAGCGCAGGUCCAGCCCUCGGUGUGA